AUGGAAGGCAAGUCUCAGACGGAGUUGGAGAAGCGACUGCAGGACUUACUCGAUCGCCGGCGUACGACUUCGACACUGCGCAAAUUGACGCUUCCUCUUGCCAACCAGGUAGACUUCUCAUCCAACGACUUUCUAUCCCUCGCAACAUCUGCGCAGUUCAAAAAAUUGUUUUUGGAAGAACUGGCAAGUUCUAAGCUACCGCAAGGCAGUGGAGGCUCGCGCCUUCUAGACGGCAAUUCGACAUACGCAGAGGUUCUGGAGCGGGAUAUCGCGCAAUUCCAUGGCGCAAAAGCAGGCUUGCUGUUCAACUCCGGCUUCGAUGCAAAUGCGGGUUUCUUCGCUUGUGUGCCACAGCCAGGCGAUGUAAUCGUGUACGAUGAGCUUGUGCACGCGAGUGUACACGAUGGCAUGCGGUUGUCGCGAGCGGGUAAAACCAUCGCAUUCAAGCACAACUCGGUCCCAGAUCUCAGGGAAGUUCUGCAAGAUCUUGUGGAUGAAGAUGUACUUUUGAGACGGGAGAAAAGGCGCGUAAUUGUGGCCGUGGAGUCGAUUUACAGCAUGGAUGGGGAUCUGGCGCCACUGAAAGAGAUCGUAAACGCUGUAGAAGAGCUGGUUGGGUCCGAAAGAGGGUACAUCGUUAUUGAUGAGGCACAUUCUACAGGUGUACUAGGUCAUCGAGGAAGAGGGUUGCAAUCAUACUUGGGUCUCACACGUUACGAGAAUACCUCAUCAACUAUGCUCGUCCACUGA